AUGAUGGGACCGCCGCCGCUGCACGGGCGGCCGGGGGGCAACAACGGCCCCCCUCCAAUUGGAAACCCUGAAGGUGGCGGGGGUAUGAUGAUGAACAACGGUGGCGGCGGCGGCGGCAUGAUGGGGCCGCCACCCACCGGCGGGCGGAAUGCCAACCUUAGGCCGAACGACGACGGUGUGUCGGGCGAAGGAAGAGGCGUUCGCGGUGGCGGCGGCGGUAGGGGAGGAGGUGGGCGAGACUCGAACUUUGGCGGGGGAAGGGGCCCGGGCGGCGGCAGGGGUAUCCCGCCUCCUUCCAACCGCGGCAUGCCUCUCGCUGGACCGCUGCCGUCAAACGCCGGCGCCGGCGGGGCCGGCGGCAGCAGCAUGGGCAGAGCCCCCGGUGUCGGCGGCGGGAUCGGACUCGGUGGGGCGGGGCCGCGCCAGAUGGGCGAGGGGCGCCCGGGCAUGGUCGGCGGCGGCGGCGGCGGCGGCGGCGGCGGUGGUGGUGGUCCUGGAGGGAUGCUGCGAGGUCCUCCCGGACCUAUCAACACCGGCGGCGGAGUGGGCAUGGGGGACGGGGGUAGCGGCGGCGGCAAUAAACGGCAGAAGCGGGAAGGCGGGGCCCCUCCAGCAAGAUCUCCCGGCAUGAACGGCUCGAUGCCCGGAGGCCCUCGAGCAGGGCCCAUUUGGGUCGGCGGCGGUGGCGGUAGCGGCCCCGGCCCCGGUGGCCAGAUGUCCAACAGCCCCGACGGCGGCGCCAUCAACGGUGGCGGCGGAGGAGGCGGAGGCGGAGGAGGCGGCGGCGGUAACACGCCGUUCUUCGACGGACCGCCACCGGGAAUGGGAGGAGGAGGAGGCGGCGGCGGAGGCGCGCGGUCGUCUGGAAACACCGGCGGUGGUGGUACUGGUGCUAGGCCUCCGGUCGGGGGCCACAUGAGCCCGAUGGGGCCCCGCGGAAUGGCUGGAGGAGACACAGGGGGUGGGUAUCGGUUGGGUGGCGGGAACGCCCCGGGGCCCCGCGGCGAGAACAACGUGGGGCCACCGCCGGGUGGAGAGUUGCGAGGAGGCGGGGGGGCACCGCAUGGUGGACCGCCAGGAGACCGCAUGCGCGGCGGCGGCGGCGGAGGCGGCGGGGGCAUGAACAGGCAGGGAGGCGGCAACAUCGGCGACGGACGGGCCGGUCUCCCUCUGCGACAGCCGCCGCCGCCACCGAUGGGGCAGGGCGCCGGCGAGCGCAACAGCGGGAUGGCGGGGGGUGGCGCCCCCCCCCUGAUGCUGAGGGAUGGGCCGUCCCCGCGCGGCGGCGUAGGCGUAGGCGGCGGCGGCGGCGGCGGCGGUGGGACGGGGUCGCACUCUCACUCGCGAUCCCCCAUGCGGGGCGGUCUCGCGGGCCAAGACGGGGCCGCCGCAGGCAGAGGCCCUCCUCCUGGAGGACAACGCCAGCAGCAGCAGCAGCCGUCGCGACGGCUGCCGCCGCCUCACGGCAUGGCGCCGGGGGCGGCGGCGGCGGCGGCGGGAGCGGGGGGAGGAGCACCGACCGGGAGAAACGGUCCGGGGGGAAACCGCGGCGGAGGUGGCGGACUCGGGAUGAGCCCCAGCUCUCCCAUGCAUCGCGAGCAGCAGCAGCAGCAGGGGAGGGGGGGUCCCCCGGGCGGUGGCGGCGGCGGCAUGGCAGGUGGACGUGGCCCCGGGCCGAACAACAUGGGCCGCGGUGCCGACAGCGGCGGCAGAGGAGGCAGAGGACUGUUAACCGAUCCGAGCAGCCACGGCCAUCUAGGCGGGCCACCUCUUGCCAGAGACGGGGGAGGUGGGGGCAUGAGGCACGAGCCGCCGGGACGAGGAGGGAUGGUUUCGGCCGGCCGCCCGGCGGGUGGGGGAGGGCUCCGUGGACCGCCGGCGCCCCCGGCGGGGGGGCAGGGCGAGCUUAUGUCGCGCGAAGGCGGCACCGGUGGCCGAGGCGGUGGCGGCGCUCCUCCUCCGAUGCAUGGCCGGGGAGGAGCAGGAGCGCAGCAGCAGCAGCAGCAGCAACGGCAACUGCCGAUGAUGAACCAACAGCCUUCGGGGGGGGAGGUGAACCAGCGAGGCGGAGGGGGAGGCCGCGGCCCGCUCCCUGACAUGGCAGCUAGGGGCGGCGGCGGCCGUGGCCCUCUACCCCAGCAGCAGCAGCAGGCGCGGGGUGCUGGGCGAGGAGGAGGAAUGGGCAGCGGCGGCCAGCAGCAGCCUGGCAUGGACCGCCCUGCUGGAAAUCGCAUGGCGCCGUUCCCCCAGGAUAACGUGGGCGGCGGCAUGAACGUCGGCCCCCCAGGUGCUCUUAUGGGGGGCCCCGGCGGCGGUGGAAACAUGCCCCCGACGGGGGCGGGCGGGGGCGGUCACUUUCCGCGCGGCAGGGGUGGCGGAGGGGGAGGAGCGCUGGGCGGGGGCGAUGCCGGACCUGGUUUCAUGCCGAUUGCCGGCGGUGGUCCGAUGAACGGGCCCGGCGGUGGCGGGCGUGGGGCCGGUCCGCUGAACAGGGGGCGCACUGGCAACAACAACCACAAGGCGGACAAGGCGGCGGAGCAGAGGAAGAGGAAGAACAGGAAGAAGCAGCUCAAGCACGUCAGCAACGACGAGAGCCUGACGCCCGAGCAGAAGGACGAGGCCUGGGCCAAGCUGAGGACGGAGAUCGGGGUCGAGAAGGCGGCGGCGGCGGCGGCGGCGGCGGCGGCCGCGGGGACGGAAGGAACGGAGCAGCAGCAGCAGCAGCAGCCGUUGGUACCUUCCGGCGAUGGGCAAGCCGGAGGGUUGCCCCGGACGAGCGGGGCGGAGGUGCCGUCCCAACCACCCGCGGGAGACGAUGAUGGUGCCGUCUCGUCGGACUCCGGUGGCAAACAUGGAAACGGCGCCGGCGGCGACGACAACGCCCCGACUGGCGCCGCCCCCGCCAGGACGGCGCCGGCUUCAGCCAAGGACGGGCAGGACGAUCGGGCGGCGGCACACGAAACCCCGCCCGCUCGAGAAGACAACGGCAACCUCUCGUCGGACAGGCACCCCUCGCUCGACGACCAGUCGGCGGUCCCCGCCCACGCGGGGGGGGGCAGCAGCGGAGAGCCUCGCGACGGCCCCGCUCAACACGGCGGCGGCAGCAGCAGCCCUCCCCGACACCGGGACGGAGGUCCUGGCGGGGACGGCGGGCCGCCGUACGGCGGCGGCGGCGGCGACGGCGGGGGGGCGCCGUUAUCGGACGGGUGGCAGCGACAGCAAGGCGAAAGUGGAGGUCCUGGCGGCGGCGGCAUGAUGGCGGGAGACCACCCCCCGCUCGAAGGCCACCACGGCCAGUACCAGCAGCAGGGUGACCACCCUGGGUUUCUGCCGCCUCCUCCGCCUCCGUUUUCGGGAGGCGGCGGCGGCGGCGGCGGUGGCGGCGGUGGCGGGGGGUAUCGCCAGAGAACCUGCAAGUACUUCCUGCAGGGGAAGUGCACCCAAGGCAACAAAUGCACCUGGCUCCACGCGGUCGACCGGAAAGGAGGCGGAGGCGGGGGUGGGUGGGCGGGGCAAGGGCGUGGCGGCGGCGGCAGCGGCGGGCCCGGUCAAUACGGGGGUGGCGGAGGAGGAGGGCGGGGACGAGGCGCAGGCGGCCGUGGUCACUACCCUCAGCAGCACGGUGGCAGGGGGGGAGGGCGGGGGAACCAAGGCUGGAUGGAGGACAACAAUAACAGGGGGGGAGGAAGAGACGAUGGGCUUGGAGUCUACGGCCCGAACGCUCCUGUGCCGGAACAGCACCAGCGGCAAGGGGGCGGGAGAAGGGGCAGUGGUGGCGGCCACAGCUACGCCGACGACGCGGCCGCCCGGGGUCAAGCCACCGGCGGUGGCGGCCGACGCGGGGCGGACAGCAGAGACAGGGGCGGCGGCGCUGACGGCAGAGACGGGGAGAGUAGUAGGAGGGGCGGGGCUGACGACAGGGACAGGGACAACAGGAGGGGCAGGGGUGGCAGCAGAGACCGGGGCGGUGACAGGUCGGACAGCAGGGACAGAGGCGUAGAGGAGCUGCCCCGCAACCCUCCUCCUUCUUCACGAGGGAGAAGUCGAAACAGCAGCGUCAACGACAGCGACCGCAGGGGUAGCGGCGGGGACGGGUGGAGCAGGCGCAGCGGUGGAGGAGCAGACAGAGGGCGCAGCAGAGACGACGGCCAUCGCAACCGGAGCCGGGAGCGCGAUGGCGGUAGCGGCGGCGGGGGGGGAUCACGCGGGGGCGGCGGCGGGGGCGGGGGCGGCAACAAGGACAACGACUACAACAACAGCCCCGGCGAUGGCAGGCGGAGGGCGUCCUCCCGAGACGGCGACCCUGGCGGGGGCAAGGAGCGCCUCUCCCCUCCCAGGCGCAGCUCGCGCCACGAUGGUCGGGGAUACCCGGAUGCCGCUAGCGGCGGCGGAGGCGGCGGCGAGGGUGAUGGUGGAAGAAGGAUAGAUGGGCCUCACGACAGAGCUUCCGACGAACCGGGGUACGUAGACCGCGGCGGAAAGGGUGGUUCGCCGGAGGGCGGCGGCGGCGGUGGCAGGAAAGACAAGAAGCAAAAGAAGGAGAAGAAGGAGAAGAAGGAGAAGAAGAAGAAGAGAGACAAGGACAAGGACAAGGACAAGGGUAGCAAGAGCAAGGGAGACGGGAAGAAGGAUCACGAAGAAGAGCCGUCGGCGGCGGGCAUUUACCCCUCCCGACCACCGCCGGCGGCGCCGCUCCCCGCACCGGCCGGCGGCGAGGGUUCCACGAGAAAGAGGGCCCGGUCCCCUUCUACCCUCCCCUACCAGGACGACGACUACGACUACGGCGACGGCGGCGACGGCGGCGGCGAUGUCGGGCCAAAUUCGAGAAGCAAGCGGAACAAACGCGUCGACAAGAACCGCAGGAACGGCGGUGGUAGAGACGCAGCAGAGUCUCCUGGCGGUGGCGGUGGCGGCGGGGGUGGUCACGAGCCCAAGACCCGCGGCGUCGGGGCGAAGCCUCGCGUGGCGAACCUCGCCGUUGUGAAGAAGCCGUCAAACACCGAUGGGGGCGGCGACGGCGGCAAUAGCAGCCCUGAGCGAUGGAAUCCCGACACUGGUCCGCUUGAAGGCAUCGUCAUCGCCGGCAGGAAUAGCGGGGGCGGCGGCGGCAGCGGCAAGAAGAGGGCGGAGAGGACCAAGACCGCCGCCGCGCAAGCCGCCGCUGCGGGAUCCCGGGCUGUCGGGGCGAGCGACUUCUACACCAAGCGCCACCGACCAAAGAAAAGCUGAACUGCCCGUUCCCGUCAGCUGUAGCGAGGAAGUUUGUGACCGUGAGGGUCUUCGAAGGUUAGGACCCCACUGUCCUUGCUUGAUAGGCUGGCCGCCGGCGCUGCUGUGAUGCGAGCGGGACCCGGCAACCAGAGUCAGUUCGUUUUUGUUUUUGUUGGGCCGGUCGGUUUGACGGAUGUUGUGUUUUGAUGUUUUGUGGUGGCGACGGCGAGACCUUGGAGCGGAAGUUGAGCCUGGCGUGCCCGUUGUUUCGCGUUGAGCUUUGUGGCGAGCACCAAAUGUUUCUUCAACCUUUCGAUCGUUUGGUCCGUGUCUUGCGCGCAUGAGAAAAACAUUCUGGGGAGAAAUCGCGGUCUGAUUUCCGCGAAGAAUGUUUGAGGAAGGGUGCGUUAGUAUAUUACUGCACGGGUUCUGUUUGAGUGGCGUUGUUGUGCACGGUGGUGCAGAAAGGUGAGCCAAACCAAGGAUUACGCGGGGCCGCUUGAGGUGUUGCUACAUAUCUUGACGUCGUGCAUGGUGGCCGGCCGCACCUGCGCUCUCCUGCGUGGGUACAGCCUUGGCGGUAAGAGUGAGGGUUGUUGGGGGGGAAAGAUGCGGUACCAGUCGUCACGACAGCGACCUCAGGAAAACACCCCCAGCAUCUUGUCUUUGUUGUGGGCGUGGUUCGACAAAACGGAGCAGGAUAAGCGUCUGACGACGUUGAUCAACAGGUUUUUUCGACGAAGAAUUGUGUGGGGUUUCCAAUUGGAAGCGGUUAUCGGUCGGGACUUGCCACGGGUGAGAACGGGUGGCGUUUCAAAGUACAAUAGCGGGGGGCCCUCGGUAGUGCCGGUUGCAUAGUGCCACUACCCGGUUUAGUGCCCGUAACAUUGCGUGACGUGGAUGGAAUAUUCAAACUGUAUGAUUCUCUGAAUGGCGCCCGGUGCCCCGGUAUAUAGUGCCGGUGGAUCUGGCAGGACCCCGCUGUAGAUGGGGCGGGUUUGUCGCUCGGAAGCACCAGACAAGUGACCGAGGGAACUGCUAGCGUGACGAGACGGGGUGAACAGAGGUGCCUAACUGAGAGCGUGAAUGUCAGACGGACGGAGAGCAGACUACCGUACAUGACACAAGAUAACAAACCCCCUGCACCGAUUUUCGAAGCUCGAUUUCUCAACUGCCGGAACAGUCGCAGCGCCGAAAACGGCGGCGUUGAAACCGUCUCGUCGAGAGCUUGUCGAAAAUGUAUCGUUUCGUUUAUGCAUCCUCUUCGCCGUGGAGUAAUCGAGCUUUGAAAAUCGGUCCAGCGGGUGUGUUAUCUUGUGUCAUGUACGGUAGGUUGUUGCCCGUUAGCUUAGGCCGCCGGCUUUUGUUUCGUGGUGGCAGGUGUACUCGCGGGCUGUAUGUUUUGUGCUUGGAAGAUUUGUUCGUGCCUUGGGUGUGUUUUUGCCCUUCGGCUGAUUUCCGUAUUAUCAUGUGCGUGGAGGACUGUACCUGUUCUAGAUUAAAGUCUACUAUACAACCCCGGAGGAUCGCAGCAAGUACGAUAAACGAACGAGACACAGCCAAACAACCGUGAA